UUUCUUUUUCAUCUCUAGCUUGUGUAUAUGUUCUUAUUGUGAGAUGUGUCUAGAUCUGAUUUAAAUCCGUAUUCAAUGAUGUAUUUACAAUAAAAAUGUGGAUUUGGAUCACAUUUAAAAAAAUGUAGAUUUGGAUCUUGAUUUUUUUAUUAUAAAGAAGUCAUUGAAAUACGAGUUUAGAUCUGGAUCUUGGAUUCAUUAUUUUCACGCAAGUGUUUGUCUUCGAAAUUUAUCUUUGAUUUCUACGGAAAAAAAAAAAAAUCUUUGAUCGGGCUUCCAUUUCCUUUAAAUAACCAAAUUUACGUUCAUUUCCAGUUCACGUAUUACUAUUUCACCCUCAAUCUAAUAAAAUUUGUUUGUUGAUUUUUGUAGCCGCAAACAAGAACUAGAAUUAUCAAAUUUAAGUACAUUUCAAAGUUCUUUUUAAUAUACUCGUAGCCACUAUAUAUUUUUUUUGAAUUAAUUUAUAAUAUUAAAUAAAGAAAUUAAAAGGCCGCGGCACAGGGGACUCGAAUCCAAGACACGCAUAUACGCACUUGUAGCAGCUAUUUAUAGUUGCCAAUAGUUAGCUCAAUUUAUAUAUUUACAAUAAAUAUCAUUCAAAUACCCAAUUAUAAGUUGAGUCACAAAUAUGUUCUAAAUUAUUAAUAAUAUUAGUCAAAAGUCUAAAUUAUCAAAUUUGUAAUAAAUAUGUUCCAAGUUACGUUUUCUAUCACAGAAAGAUUACAUGUAUUUUUAUGUUUUCAUUUCACAAUGAUACUAUGAGUUCGAAAUGUAUUUCGUCUGGGUGUCAUUUAUUUCCACACAAAUUUUAUCACAUUCAAGAAGCUUUUUUCUUCAUUUACUUUAAAGUACAUUAUUUUCAAAAAAAAAAAAAUUAAAAAAUAGUAUUUCUACAUUUACAUUAUUAAAUGUGGUAUUUCUAUAGUGUAUUUUUUUUUUGUUAUUACAGUAUUAAUUGAUAUCGCAACUUACGUGAGUCAGAGGAUUUUUUAGGACAAUAACUUAGGUUGAUUUGGAAAUUAGGACAAAACUUUCGGACUUGUAAAAAUAGGACACUAAUUAAUAAGCGUUGCACCCGCAUGACAUUUAUGAGUCAAUUAUUGAAUUUUGAGACUUUUUUGCACGGACUAAGCACAUGACAAUCCGCACGGAGAGGUUGAUUAUGUGGCAAGCACAUCAUUUUUAAGGCUCCAGAUAGGAUGUCAUGUGCUUGGUCCAUGCGGAAAAGUUCGAAAAUUCGAUAAUUUUUCAAGAAAUGCCUACGAGUGCAACACUUAUUAAUUAAUGUCCUAUUUUUACAAGUUUGAAAGUUAUUGUCAUAAUUUCUAAAUCAACCUAAGUUACUGUCCUAAAAAACCAUCUGACUCCAACUUACGUCGUGUAAAACGUGGAGCGACUUUGUACAUAAAAUAAAAAAUACAUAAAUACACUUUUUGCGGCCACUGUGUCUUCAUCACUCUCCCACACUUCACUCUCACAUCCCAUUCUCGAUUCUUCUCUCUCAUCUGUCUGCUAGAGGUUUUCACAAACACCUUCUACCCAUGGCUGUCGAGAUCUGCGUCAAGGCUGCUGCUGGAGCCCCCGACAUUGUCGGAGACUGCCCCUUUUGCCAGAGGGUGCUGCUGACUUUGGAGGAGAAGAAAGUCGAGUACAAGCUGCAUUUGAUCAGCUUCGACGCCAAGCCCCAGUGGUUUAUGGAAGUGAAUCCAGAAGGGAAGGUGCCGCUCAUAAAGUUGGAUGACAAGUGGAUUUCUGAUUCUGAUGUUAUUGUUGGUAUUUUGGAGGAGAAAUACCCAAAUCCGUCUCUCGCUACUCCAGCUGAAGUCUCCUCAGUUGGCUCCAAGAUAUUUUCUUCCUUCGUCAAAUUCCUGAAGAGCAAGGAUCCCAGUGAUGGAUCAGAACAAGCUCUGCUCGACGAAUUGAAGGCGCUAGAGGAGCACCUGAAGACUAAGGGACCGUAUAUCAAUGGAGAAAACAUUUCUGCUGCUGAUUUGAAUUUGGCACCUAAGCUUUACCAUCUUGAUGUGACGCUUGGCCAUUUUAAGGGUUGGGCUAUUCCUGAAAGCUUGACUCAUGUGCACAAUUACAAGAAGCUGCUGUAUUCUCGGGAGUCUUUCAAGAAAACACAGGCCGCAAAGGAGCAUGUCGUUGCAGGCUGGGCGCCAAAAGUUAAUGCGUGAGCUCGUCUUAAUCUACCUACAUCAUAGAAUCUGCUGCUAUUGCCCACUUGACUACUUUAGCUGUAGAAAUUCUGCAAGUCUUAGAAUGCUUCUUGCAAAUAAUAAUGCUUGAUCGUUGUAAGUUGUCAUAGACGACGACGUAUUUGGAUCUGUCAAGGGCUUUGCUUAUCAUGUAUGUACUAUGAUGUUGUUGUUGAAGUAAGACUGUGUUUUAUCGCUCA